GGGUAUCAUUGACCACUCACGGUCAGUAAACAGCCAGGCAGCAUCGCAUAGUGAUAAACCCCACUGGUGGUGUGUAAUAUAGGAUGGGAACCAUGACAGUCCCAUGGAGCUUCUGGAGGUCCUGCUGGUCUCUUUCCCUCUUCCUCAUCCUGGCUCUGAACACACACAGCGCAUGGUCCUCUCCAGAUUUCUCCGUGUACCUCCACACAAUACUAAGAAACCACACUGCUCAUGCCUGUGAUGGAGACACCCUUUCUAUCAAGUGUCCCUCCAGAACCUCUGUGUCCGUCCUGUCAGCAUUCUACGGACGCCGUGUCCCCAGCAAGAACUUAUGUCCCCCUGCAAACACAAACAUGACCGAGGACAACACUGGAUGCACUUCCUCUGUCGCUAUCCAGAAAGUGGUGUCGGAGUGUCAGGACCGGCGUUCCUGUCAUAUACCUGUCAUUAGCCCAGUGUUUGGUCAGGACCCCUGUCCCCUCACCAGCAAGUACCUCAUAGUGUCCUACAAGUGUCGCCCAGAGCACCACCGUACUAGGUUGGUGUGUGAAAACGAGAGACUGAGGCUGGUGUGUAAGAAUAACACUGUCCUGGCUAUCUACUCAGCGACAUUUGGCCACCUGCUGCACGGGAGUCCCAACUGUCCUCAGGAAACUGCACCACAGCCUGACAUGGAGUGUCUGUCACCAUCUGCCCUGAGGAAGGUGUCACGCAGGUGUCAUGGCCGAGCCAACUGCUCAGUGCUGGCUGACACACACAACUUUGGGGACCCGUGUUUUCCGGGCACCAGGAAGCACCUGAGAGUGUCCUUUACAUGUGUUCCUCGAUAUCUCUUGGAGGAUGUGGGACGGAGCGGAUCAACAUCAGACCCUUUCUUGAUCUCAGACUACACACAUGGAGGCUGGUACACUGGCCCCGGCGUCAUCAGGCCUCAAAACGUGCUUUAUACCAACUCUCUGGAAAUUUUUGACAAAAUACUGGGUCUUCCAGAGAGAGUGGCCCUCUACUUUGUCUCAGGGAUCUGCGCUGGUCUAGUCUUCCUGCUCUGUCUGUUCGGCCUGCGCUCCACCGUGGUGAGGGACGUCAAGGACUUGGCAAGAGAGCUGGGGGAUGAGCUCAAGGCCAGCCGCAGACCCCGCCGGGAAGUCAUGGAGGACCAGUAUGACGACGACACCUCUGAUGCCUCCUCCUUCCGCCGCCUCACCCAGUCUUACCGUGCGGCGGAUAUCUUCAGUCCAGUGACCAUGACGGUGGAGAUGGUGGAGAGGGAGGGAGAGGAGAAGGAGAUGCCCAAGUUCGGAGACAUCUGGCCCCACAGGGACUCCAGCCCAUACGCCAUCCAUAAGAUAAUAGGGAAUAGAAUAGAAUAUCCAUAAAAUAAAAGCCUGCAGUGCCCGAGAAUCCACAUUAGUAGAGUAGAAUAGAAUCAAAUUGAAUAGACAUAAGAUAAAGGCCAGCAGUGUCUGAAUAUCUAUAGGUAUUCUAUUGUAUUCUAUACUAUACAUAAAAUAAAAUAAAAGGCCUGCAAUGCUUGAGAAUCCACAGGAAAGCUUGUGGGAAUAGACAGCAGCAACACAUUAAUCAUAGACUGAAAAUGAAUAUUUAGUAGACAUUAUUUUCUUGUAAUUUCAUGUUAUCUAUCUUUCCUUAAUGUACGUUUUAUAUGAUAUGGUGUCCUAACCUCAUUAUAUUCAUUAUAUUCAGACAAACAUAAUAACAAGUUCAACAUGUUUUUGGUUGGUGGGUUUCAAUAAACGUAAUAACUUUUUGCCUAGAA